GAAGUGCGCCACGAUCCUCCCUUCCUCCCCCCACCGACGAGGGAAAGAGCGAGACAAACCAGGUGUAGGCAGGAGCCCCGGUAUCGGCGCCACGCCGCGCGCCCGUGGUUUGCUACCCAAGAAGAAGAGGGCGGCUUCGGCGGCCGUGGCGAAACCGCACCUUCUUUUCUCUUCCUCCUCUUUAGGACCCGGGUAGGAGCUAUAUAUAGACCACACACCCCACGCUCCGUUCCCCCACGGAUUCGAUCCAGUGAAGCAGAUUUGGGCUUUGUUUCGUGCUUAGAUUGUGGUCUUCGUUCCGGUUGAUUCUUCUUGAGGCGAGGGAGCAAUGGCGACGGCAGGGAAGGUGAUCAAGUGCAAAGCCGCGGUGGCAUGGGAGGCGGGGAAGCCGCUGUCGAUCGAGGAGGUGGAGGUGGCGCCGCCGCAGGCCAUGGAGGUGCGCGUCAAGAUCCUCUUCACCGCCCUCUGCCACACCGACGUCUACUUCUGGGAGGCCAAGGGACAGACUCCCGUGUUCCCUCGGAUCUUCGGUCAUGAAGCUGGAGGCAUAGUGGAGAGUGUUGGAGAGGGUGUGACUGAGCUUGCCCCUGGUGACCAUGUUCUCCCUGUGUUCACCGGGGAGUGCAAGGAAUGUCCCCACUGCAAGUCUGCGGAGAGCAACAUGUGUGAUCUUCUCAGGAUCAACACCGACAGAGGUGUGAUGCUCAGCGAUGGCAAGUCACGCUUCUCUAUUGAUGGCAAGCCCAUUUACCAUUUCGUUGGGACUUCCACCUUCAGUGAGUAUACUGUCCUGCAUGUUGGUUGUGUUGCGAAGAUCAACCCUGAGGCUCCCCUUGACAAAGUCUGUGUUCUUAGCUGUGGUAUUUCUACUGGUCUUGGUGCGUCGAUUAAUGUAGCAAAACCGCCAAAGGGUUCGACAGUCGCUAUAUUUGGGCUAGGAGCUGUUGGACUUGCUGCUGCAGAAGGUGCAAGGAUUGCAGGAGCCUCAAGGAUCAUUGGUAUUGACCUGAACGCCAACAGAUUUGAAGAAGCUAGAAAAUUUGGCUGCACAGAAUUUGUGAACCCAAAAGACCACAACAAGCCGGUUCAAGAGGUACUUAUUGAGAUGACAAAUGGCGGAGUUGACCGCAGUGUUGAAUGCACUGGCAACAUCAAUGCUAUGAUACAAGCAUUUGAAUGUGUUCAUGAUGGCUGGGGUGUAGCUGUGCUGGUGGGUGUGCCACACAAGGACGCCGAGUUCAAGACCCACCCAAUGAAUUUCCUGAACGAGAGGACUCUGAAGGGCACCUUCUUCGGUAACUUCAAACCACGCACUGACCUACCCAAUGUCGUGGAGAUGUACAUGAAGAAGGAGCUGGAGGUGGAGAAGUUCAUCACCCACAGCGUGCCGUUCUCGGAGAUCAACAAGGCCUUUGACCUCAUGGCGAAGGGGGAGGGCAUCCGCUGCAUCAUCCGCAUGGAGAACUAGGUCUCUCACCUGCUUUCGAACGCUCCAAUGUAGUAUACAAUAAGUGCUGGGGCGGUCUCUGAACCUUCCUUGGUUGAGAUCAGACACGCAUCGUUGAUGAGAGCUUCCGUGUAUCGUCAUCUUUUGUUGUUUAGCCUUCCUGAGCCAGUAGCCUAUUAUUAGCCUCCAGUUUCUGUAAGUAUCUACCUAUGGAACGGUGGUACGAGCUCCCUUUUGGCGUAAUAUAUGCUUCUGCUACUACUA